AUGCUAAUCGUAUCCCUUAGAGAGGAACAUUUUGGUGUCACGUUUCCAGAACCUUGCAUAAGACUUCUCAAAGCACUUGCGUCAGAUAAACCUGUUUGUGCAAUUGUACCUCCUGUGAGAGAGGUGAAGGAUUUGUUGAUCAGAAUUGCCAACGGAGCAAAUCCAAAGGACAAUCCAUUGUCUGAUUUACAACUUUUGCACGAACAGGUCCCCCUCUUGUUUUGUCUUUGCAAUCAUUUUGCAGAGCUGCCAAACCCCAUACGUGUUUUGUGUGGGGAAAUGGUCGCCAAAGCGUCCAGUCCUUUUACUGACCAAAACGGGUGUGAGCGUUUGCCCCACAACCUUCCCCAAGUUCAGUGUGAUGGUCAGUUAGGUUUUUUUCCAUCUUUGCCUUCUCUUGUUGAACGUGGGCACUAUGUUCUUGACACAAAAAGAGCUGGUCAUUUAGAUGAUUGUGCCAAAGGCGUUCGUUCAAAGAAGAAGCAUGGGUCUUUAAUUCCUGGGAUAUUCCUUAUUUUAUGUCCGCACGGUAUUUGUUACGGCUUUCAAGUGAUGCCCGAUCAUGAAUCACCCAAUGUUCCUUUUACCAUUUUAAGAACUCGAUUUUCUGAAGCUCCUGAACUAGUGAUCUAUGACAACGCGUGCAAACUACACGAGUACUGCCUUAACCGCGAUCCUGCUUUUUUUAAAAAAUCCAAAUUCAUCGUCGACAAGUUUCAUUGGAGAAACCAUUCUGGUUGCUCUGAGGGAUACGAUAUUAAUAGAUAUCCCAUUUUAAAAACGCACAACAGCCAAGCUGCAGAGCAGUGUAACUCUGUAAUGAAGCCACUUGCGUCAAUGGUUUCAUACAUGGAAUAUGACAACUUUUUGCUAUUUUCGAAAUUGUAUAUUUGGUACAGAAACAUGUUGCGCAUAAUAAAAUGCAAUCCUGGACGGGAUGUUCCAGAGAGGGAAACGUUUCUUGCAAUCAGCAAUAUUAUCAGAUAAGUAGUAUUUGGAAACCAGUAUUAUUUAAUUGGGAACCAUGUUGAAACGAAAUGCUAACACUUUGGAACAAACAAAAAAAGUCUAAGUAACAGUUGAAA